AUGGUCUACGUUGAAGAUGCAACCCCAACCAUUACCGACUCGGGUUUCGAGUUAUGGUCCCUGUCCGUCGAGUGUGAACAAGGGUCCAAACAAUCUACAUCGGCAGCUAUCGACAUCCCAUCACCACCCUUGACGCCCUACAUGGGCUGUGGGGACAGCGAUGUGGAUCCAUUGUCUGAUAAAGAGGACGAAGACUACCAAGAGGACGACAACGAUAGUCUUGUCUUUUCUUCCCGGUUCCAAAAGAAACAACAGCAACGAACACAACUUCCUUACGACCAGAUGCCAACAGACCAACUCAACAACAUGUCUAUCGGCAGCCGCCCGUCCACAUCUGCCCCCAGUACCCAGUCCCCCUUCCGGAUACAAGCCUCCAGCAGUGCACCCACUGUUGGGUUCACGUUCUCGAGUAAUAUCCCUGCCUGGCAGUCGGUUGAGGAACGAGAGAGCUAUGCGCUGUUCUUGGCUGUGAUGGAGAAGGAUUACUGGAAAAGUGUGUCCACCAUCCGAUUGACGUAUUUUUUUGAUGGCAUUGGCCGUGGGGGUGGGUUUCUCGCUAUCCCUCAUUUGGCUUCACAUGGGAAUGCCAAGACGAAUAUCCUCUGUCGACUGCUGGAAGACUGGCUAACCAAGAAGCUGGUUGAGCCUACGAUCUCGGACUCGAUCCCCAUCCUCGAAGACAGUAUCCAGAGCUCGAUCCUGUCGAUUGAGCGACAUCUCAAGGCCGAUCCACGUGUUUGGGCCGGUAUCUCCCAGGCCUUUAUCCAUAUCCGUUGUGGACAUGUCUUCAUGCUCGAUUCCUGCUGUGACGACAAGACCAUUGUCCAUCUCGGCGCGGGCGAAUUCUACCAAGACUAUCCGCUGUUUGUGGAUGUAGAGAUCAAGAUGAAUGGCGAUGCCAAUAGCGUACAGCAGCAGUUGAACAACCAGGGCCAACGCACGUCAGAGGUUCUGAUUGCCUUCCAGAAUAUGUCGCAGAGUAAUUCACGUCCGGGCAAUGAGCGGCCCUAUGUGCAUCGAACGACAAUUACUGGUGCCAGUGCACCGACCAUCCAAAUGUAA